GCCAUUGUUUAUGGUUUUUUAAAGCUUUUUUUAUUUUUGCAAGUCUGAAGUCACGUGGAUUUUUAUGAUUUUUGAGUCACUGAAAAAUUAUUAGAUUUAGUGAUAAAGAACAAGUUAGCUGAUAUCCAAUUACAUAGCAUAUAUUAUAAGCAACUUCCAUAGUUAGAUAUAGUUCAAGAUGGCUAGAUCAGCAGUUAUUAAAAGGGUAACCAAUGAAACCAAAAUUCAAAUUGCACUUUCAUUAGACGGAGGUCAUAUAGCGAUUGAAGAAUCAAUCUUUGCUGAUAAGAACGUUGCCCCAACAGAUGAACAUGCAACUCAACAAACUUCUUCCCAAAUAAUACAGGUUCAAACUGGUAUAGGGUUUUUAGAUCAUAUGUUGCAUGCUUUGGCCAAACAUGCUGGUUGGUCCAUUAUCAUUGAAUGUAUUGGUGACUUACAUAUUGAUGAUCAUCAUACUGCUGAAGAUGUUGGUAUUACCUUGGGACAAACUUUCCAUAAGGCUCUUGGUCAAGUUAGAGGUGUUAAGAGAUUUGGAUCUGGUUUCGCUCCGUUAGACGAAGCAUUAAGUAGAGCUGUGGUUGAUUUAUCUAAUAGACCAUUUGCUGUGGUUGAAUUAGGAUUGAAAAGAGAAAAAAUCGGCGACUUAUCUUGUGAAAUGAUUCCUCAUGUGUUAGAAAGUUUUGCCCAAGGUGCUGCUAUCACUAUGCAUGUUGAUUGUUUAAGAGGAUUCAAUGAUCAUCAUAGAGCUGAAAGUGCUUUCAAAGCUUUAGCUGUUGCAAUUAAAGAAGCUAUCUCUAGUAAUGGUACUAAUGAAGUUCCAAGCACUAAAGGUGUUUUAUUUUAAAUGAACAAUUAUAUAUAUUCAUACACUUAUUUACUUAUUUAUUGACUCUAGAAAUUGAUAGUUUCGAAAUAACUUGCAAAAUAUAGAAAAUUUUAACCAAUUUUGAAUGUUAUAUG